AUGUCGCUCCUCGUACCCGGUGCAGCCGCCAGGGCGCUCGCUUCAACAUCUUCUUCAGGUUCCCGAUCCUUUAGCACCUCAAUUGUCACAUUGAAAAAGUCGAACCGCGCUCGUGGUGCCGCCAGAAAAUCACCUCGCAACCAGGCACUCUUUGCCGCUCUUGCUCCACGUUUAUCUUCAAGGCAAGGCGGAAUCGCUGCAGCUGCUGCAAAUGCAAGCGGCAAGUCUGGCAAGAAGGCAUCCAACAAUCUGGAGCCAGAGGAGGGCGAGACGCUUUUGACGCUCGAGCAGGCGUGCGAAGAGCUGCAGGCACACGGAGCUGCCAAGAGACCGCUCAACGCUUUCGAGGUGCACAUCGUCACAUCCGUCUCCUCGCAUCAGACCAACGCCCUUCGAGGUCGAAUCGCAUAUCCCAAAGAUCCGAGGACAAAGCAGGAGCGCCUUCUCGUAUUCGCCGAGGAAGGCUCAGAUGCUGCCGAGGCGGUCAAAGAGAUUGUCCAGAACGAGGCUGCAUCUUCAUCUUCGGCAUCAGAGCCAGGUAUCAUUCUCGGUGGCUCAGAACUCAUCUCGCAGGUACUCAACAACCGAGUCGCUGGCUUCACAAAGGUACUUUGCACCAACACGCUUCUCUCAGAGGUGUCAAAGGGUCUCGCGAGAUCGUUGGGUCCCAAAGGUUUGAUGCCCAACCCUCGUCGUGGCACAGUGGUCCCUGCCGAUGACCGUAAAGCCAUCCUCAACGCUAUCCGCGAGUCCAAAGGUGCCAUGGACUGGAGAUCUGACAAGGUCGGCGUGAUCCGAGGUGCGGUGGGUCGUCUCAAUUUCGACAAGCAGGAUGUCAAGAAGAACGUCACUACACUGCUCGAUGCUAUCGUUCAAAAGGUUCCCACCUUGGGCUCGCAGCAAGCGGCACAAGGAGCGGGUCAGGCGAAAGAGUAUGCGCCACGCGGUAACCGAUCUCCGGGAGAGCUCAAGAAGGCAGCAGGCAUCAUCAAGCAGGUUCACCUCAGCUCUACUCAAGGUCCAGGUAUCAAGCUCGACUUGCGCGAUGUUCUGGCCUGA